AUAUUAUAAUUCUCAUUUAAACACAAGAUUACUUUAACGGCUCUCCCCAGAGGAGAAUCUCCCUGGUGAACUCGGUUCUACCACAACCUCCUCAGUCCUCAAAACUGUUAGGACCUUCGAUGGGUCCGUUUACAUUAGCUGUUGAUGUAAAGAGCUCUUUUUCAAUCUCUUCAGAUACAUCAAAGCAGAAAAUGAAGAACCUUCAAUUGGCACCGAAAAAGUUUUUUGCCUCAGUCAGCACUGGAGAAGAGAAACCAUUUGAUUUUUUACGUACAUUAUUUGAGGGAGUAAUAGCAGGCGGCACAGCUGGUGUUGUUGUGGAAACAGUCUUAUAUCCAAUCGAUACAAUAAAGACACGGCUGCAGGCAGCUCAAGUUGGAGGAAAAAUAGUUCUUAAAGGGCUGUAUUCUGGGCUUGCUGGAAAUCUUGCUGGAGUCUUACCGGCCUCUGCCAUCUUUGUUGGUGUUUAUGAACCCACAAAGCAGAAACUGUUGAAGACUUUUCCUGAUAAUAUGAGUGCUGUGGCUCACCUGACUGCAGGUGCCAUUGGAGGUCUGGCUGCUUCUCUUGUUCGCGUCCCAACAGAGGUUGUUAAGCAAAGGUUGCAGACUGGGCAAUUUGCUUCUGCCCCUGAUGCUGUUAGGCUUAUUGUUUCGAAGGAAGGCUUUAAAGGUCUCUAUGCGGGAUAUGGUUCAUUUCUGCUGAGAGAUUUGCCAUUUGAUGCUAUCCAAUUCUGCAUAUAUGAACAACUUCGAAUAGGUUAUAAGUUAGCAGCAAAGAGAGAUCUGAAUGAUCCUGAGAAUGCUGUUAUUGGGGCUUUUGCUGGUGCUCUAACUGGAGCUUUAACCACUCCCCUUGAUGUGAUUAAGACUAGAUUGAUGGUUCAGGGAUCGGCCAACCAGUAUAAUGGAAUAUUUGAUUGCGUCCAGACUAUUGUCAAAGAAGAAGGACCUCGGGCACUCUUAAAGGGCAUUGGACCGAGAGUUCUGUGGAUAGGCAUUGGUGGUUCGAUAUUCUUUGGUGUCCUGGAGAGCACGAAGAGAUUCCUUGCCGAGAGGCGUCCUAUCAGUCAUCCGGAGUCGAGCACAAAGCAAGAAUAGAUACUUCAUAACAUUCCACAGGGCUUAUGCACCCAAAUAAUGACCACACAGGAUCACAAAAUUGAGAAAUGAACAAUUAUGCUAUUUAUGAAAUAUAUUGUGCGAGACUAUCUGGGAAAAAGUUUGUUCAGAAACGGAUAACGUUCUUUUCUCCACUCAUAGUUUUUCCAACAUUUUGUUGUUGCCUACUAGUUUAUGGUCUGGGGUUCUGAGUGUUCUUAUGUUUCUUAAGGAAUAUUUACUCUCGUACCAAAAAGAGAACUUUUCUUUCCA